AUGUCCGUUCGGAUACAGCUCGACAAGCCUCAGGGCGCCUUUACAAAUCUCGACCAGAUUAGCGGAGUGGUCAUCCUGAGCAUACUUGGUCCCGAGACUGUUUCUGCAAUAACCGUGAAACUCGAGGGGGAGAGUAGAUCUCAUCUAGCGGGGAAUAUCAAUCCGCGACGCAACUAUGACGGCUUCGAGAAGGAAGGUUCACGACAAGAGGUCCACAAGCUUCUCUACAAGGUCCUUACUGUCUUUCCUACACCGGAUCUCCUAAGGGCAACAGGCCCGGAUCAAGCCUAUACCCUACCAUCGGGUCCUCAUGCCUACCCUUUCCGGUUCAAGGUCCCUUUCAACAAUGACUGCUCCAACAACAACUCCUUGCUUACAAGCCUCAAUGCCUUGCGUUUUGAAAUGGCAAGAGAUACGAACAAACAUGUGAAGAAAACCCUUCCACCUUCUCUCAAUGGACUUCCAGGAGAAGCAGAAAUACAUUACUACGUGAAAGCUACGGUGCAGCGACCGGCGUUCUAUAAGGAGAAUUUCAGAGCAACCUACCCAUUCAUAUUUCUUCCUAUCGAACCACCUCGACCCUCUCCCAACAAACGAGAAUCGUAUGCUAGAAGAUCCCACCAGUUCGGUCCAAGUAUUGAUGUGCCUGAAAAGCCUGGCCUCUUCCGGAAGGCGUCUGUGGCAACCACCGAUCCAUCAGUCCCGGAAGUGCCACCUCCGAGCAUCAGUAUUGACGGUCGCUUGCCUGAUCCAGCCAUCAUCACCUGCAACGAAGCGCUACCCCUACGGAUACUAAUUACCAAGAAGAAUGAGACUCCAGCAACUAUAUACUUAAGAACGCUGAGUAUCAUACUUGUAGGCUUCACUGUGAUUCGAGCCCACGAACUACGAAGGCAAGAGGCUCAAAGCUGGGUGAUUAUGAGCCAAGCCCACAUAGACAAGGCUCUAAACAGCACCGUUGGCGGUAAUGGCAACAAUAUUUUAGAGGUCGACUCAAACCUGUGGAAGCAGCGCCCUUUGCCAAACACGGUCUCACCGUCAUUUGCCACAUGUAACAUAUCACGCCGCUACGAGUUGGAAGUCAAGGCUGGAUUGUCCUGGGGCUCUGCUCAGAACAUAAACCCUGAACUUACAGUACAAUCCGUUCGAAUGCCUGUAGAAGUCUAUUCUGGGAUCGCUCCUCCCCAAGCCCUGCUCGACCAAAUGGCGGAUCGACCCACUGCGCAGCCUACUUCAAAUUACAACCUUCGCCCACCUGGUUCUGCCAAUGGGCCUUCCACUGGGCACUCUCCCGGACCUUCUCGGCCUCAUGCUCAAGCGCACAGCGAUCAUAUUGAGCCUUCUCCGUCAGAUAUUCCUGAAGAAGCACCUCCAAGCUAUGAGGAUGCAAUGGCGGAUGAUCUAGCACCGAUCGAUGGACCAAGGCGAGACUAUCACCAGCAGACAACCUCGACGCCAACUGGCAGCAACGGCACCAGCGGUAAAGGGUCUGCGAGUGAAGACAGGUUGUUUCCUGAGAGCAGGCGAUGA